CAGCAGCUAUCAUAGCAUAAUGCAGGCUGGCGGAUGCACUGUGAGGUGUCCUUGUCAUGACCGAAAUAGCGACCUAGUUGCACGUUUCCGAAGCAGUCCUCGCAGUGUGAAGAGAGUGGCCACGCUCCAGGCGCCAGCGGUAGUACCGGAAAUCUCCACCAUGCGACGAUAUAAAUUGGCAGCCGAGAAGAACUGAGAAAGAUACCGAAAGACGGGAUCAUGGCUGGCAUGUGUAGAAGGUGUAGAGAGGUGGCUGAGCCACCUCUAAUUGGUCUCCAAACGACAUACAGCGUACCGUCGGGGAGACUUCCCCGCACCACAAUGUGUCGAACAACAGAAGAUCGAUCAGCGGACAAUCUUGACAAGGAUUGCCGAUGAGUAUAUGACAAAUCGAACAAUGAACUCCGCUGAAGUUAUCAGAGCCGACGGCCAUGCAAGGGUUCAGGUUGGGGACAGCUACUCGGUCAUUCAUAACUACCCAUAUUCGAACCGAUACCUUGCCGAUUCCCAUCUCACCGAAACGGACAAAGCGAAAGUGCGCAACGAGUUUCUCCAACGACUCUUCACCUCACCGUACGAGAAACGCAAAAAUAGGAACCCGGAGCGAGCAGAUGGCACUUGUGAAUGGUUCACCGCCCACCGUCUCUUCCAAAAUUGGCGAGAAGAGACCUCGGCACUCCUUUGGGUCUCUGCAGACCCGGGUUGUGGCAAGUCCGUUCUGGCGAGAUACCUGGUAGACGAUCUUUUCCCUUCAAGUGCUACCAGAACAACAUGUUAUUUCUUUUUUAAGGACGACUUCGACGAUCAGAGAACCUUGGAAGGCGCUCUUUGCUGUAUCCUACACCAGCUCUUUACCCAAAAGCCCGUUCUGCUUUCGGACGAAAUCCUCGAAAACUUCAGAGAAGAAGGAGAACAGCUUUUCACAUCUUUCCCUAAGCUCUGGGACAUACUCAUGGGGGCGACUAGAAACCAAAAUCAUGGCGAAAUAAUCUGCAUUAUAGAUGCCCUAGACGAAUGCAUGGACCAGACGCAUCUUGCUAAUGCUUUGACGCAGCAUUAUAGCAAAGGCAAGGGAAUGUCCACACUGAAGUUACUCGUGACCAGCCGCCCGUACCUUCGCAUUCAGCGACACUUCCAGAAUCUUAAACAAUCUCAUCCUACCAUCCACCUUAGUGGGGAGAGCCAAGAAGAGACAGACAAGAUUGCGCAGGAAAUCGCCAUCACUAUUAACCAACGUAUAGAGGAACUAUGCACAAGGCUCCAGCUUUCCGUACAAGAGAAAAAUAUAUUGCAGGCAGAGCUUGCCACCGGCAAUCACCGAACAUACCUUUGGGUCCAUCUUGUAUUUCCUGUUGUCGAAGAAGCCGUCUUCCUCAACAACCGUGAUUUGAUUGCCAGCAUCCGCAACUUGCCUCGCACAGUAGAGGAGGCAUAUGACAACAUCCUUCGCAAGAGUCAGCACCCCGUCAAGGCCAGAAAGAUCCUACACAUUGUUGUUGCAACAGAUAGACCGCUACAUCUCACAGAGAUGGCCGCAGUGCUUGCUUUCCAAGGAGAUAGUCACCGAUACCAUAAAGACCUCGAGCGAGAUCUCUUAUCACCGGAACGGUUACUUAUUAUGAUCCGAGAAGCCUGUGGGCUUUUUGUUGUUAUCCAAGAUUCCCGAGUCUUUCUUCUUCACCAGACAGCUAAAGAAUUCCUGAUUCAAUCGUCACUCGGAUCAUCAGAUGUUCGCUCCUUCUCCUUAGAAUGGCGACACUCCCUGGACUUAAAGGAGUCCCACCGUUUGCUUUCAGAGAUUUGUAUUAGGUACCUGCUUCUCGCCGAUUUCAAAAGACCAGUUGGGGCGAGAAUCUCUCGGGAGUUGGAAGACAGGUAUGAUUUUGUCUUCCUAGAUUAUGCUGCAUGCAGCUGGGCAGACCAUUACCGACAAGCGCACUAUACAAAUGACAUAGACCUGGAACGUCUGGCCUUGCAGCUUUGCGACACAAAUUCCCCAGCUUGCUCACAUUGGCUGAAAGUGUACGGGGAAAAGCGAAUGCAAGAAACAGAAUUUUCCCGUGAACUUCCCACUUCAUUACUGAUCGCGUCCCACUUUGGUUUGAACAACGUGGUCAAUCGUAUCCUCCAAGAGAGUAGAAAAAGUAUCAAUAUGACAGGCACUUCUAACGAGCGAACCGCUUUGUCAUGGGCUAGUGAGAAGGGGUACAGCUUGAUAGUCCAGUCCCUCCUAGCUCGAGUGCCGAAGCGCCAGGCGAUCUUAAGAGACAGGCCAUCAUCAUUUCCUACCAUCGUAAACCGGAAAGAUAAACUCGGCAGAUCACCUUUGUGGUAUUCUGCAGCAAACGGACAUUAAAGCAUUGUUCAGUACCUACUCGAAAGAGGCGCAAAGGUUGAUGCCAGAGAUGUCAAUGGCAUAACGGCUUUAAUGGGUGCCUCAGUUCGAGACCACGAAAUUGUUAUACAGCGGCUCCUAGACGACGGGGCCAAGGUCGAUGCUAUAGACAAGAAUGGCAUAACGGCUUUGAUGUACGCCUCAGUUCGAGGCCACGACGAUGUUAUACAGCGGCUCCUAGACGGCGGGGCCAAGGUCGAUGCUAUAGACAACAAUGGCAUAACGGCUUUGAUAAGGGCCUCAGUUCAAGGCCACGACGUUGUUAUACAGCGGCUCCUAGACGGCGGGGCCAAGGUCGAUGCUAUAGACAA